CGGCUGCGCAGAGGAGCGAGGUGCUUGCUGGGGCCGGGGCUGCGCAGCUACGCCGGGGGCUGGCAGAGAGGCGCAGAGGUCCUGCAGUUCCCAGCGGGGAGGCGUUGUCGCCAUUGCGGCCUCGCUGGGUGUGCUCGUCUGGCUCUCGGAGCAAGGCCCCAGCGACCGCUGCCACCAUGGGCCAGUGCGGCAUCACCUCCUCCAAGACCGUGCUGGUGUUUCUCAACCUCAUCUUCUGGGGUGCGGCUGGCAUUUUAUGCUAUGUGGGAGCCUAUGUCUUUAUCAUCUAUGAUGAUUAUGACCACUUCUUUGAAGACAUAUACACUCUCAUCCCUGCUGUAGUGAUCAUAGCAGUAGGAGCCCUGCUUUUCAUUAUUGGGUUAAUCGGCUGCUGUGCCACAAUCCGGGAAAGCCGUUGUGGACUGGCCACGUUUGUCAUCAUCCUACUCCUGGUUUUUGUCACAGAAGUUAUUGUAGUGGUUUUGGGAUAUGUUUACAGAGCAAAGGUGGAGAAUGAGGUUGACCGCAGCAUUCAGAAAGUAUAUAAGACCUACAAUGGAACCCACCCUGACGCUGCAAGCCGGGCUAUUGAUUCUGUACAGAGACAGUUGCACUGUUGUGGAAUUCACAACUACUCAGACUGGGAAAAUACAGACUGGUUCAAAGAAACCAAAAACCAGAGUGUCCCUCUCAGUUGCUGCCGAGAGACCGCCGGCAGCUGUAACGGCAGCCUGGCCCAUCCCUCCAACCUCUACGCUGAGGGAUGUGAGGCUCUGGUUGUGAAGAAGCUACAAGAAAUCAUGAUGCAUGUUAUCUGGGCGGCGUUGGCAUUUGCAGCUAUUCAGCUGCUGGGCGUGCUCUGUGCGUGCAUCGUAUUGUGCAGAAGGACUAGAGAUCCUGCUUAUGAGCUCCUCAUCACCGGUGGAACAUACGCUUAAUCGGAAACUCAAGCCUCAGCUUUUUGGUCUUGUUCUGAUUUGGAAGGUGAAUUGAGCAGGCCUCCUGCAGUUGGCCUCCUGAGUUGGUUUUGUUAAAGCACACAAACACAGGUGUUGGACAGAACUGUUUGGCUCUCCACGAGCCCACCUACUUCCCUACCCACCUAUAAUUUUCGUUCCUCUUGUAGCUGACUUCAUGUCCCUAUAUUUUUCAGGACGGUGAUGUAUGUUUUAAUUUCAGAACCAUUUGCAAGUUGCGUAGUGUGGUAAAAUUAGAGGGUGUGGCCUGCUUCCCUUACCUCCAGGCGGUGAUGGGACUGCUGUCUAAGGGCACUGGGUCCCAUCAGGCUUUGCAGUGGACAACUCUUGGCCAAAGAGUUUUGCAGGGAGGGAAAGCUAACGCCAGAGGGUGCCCCUCGUUAGUGUCCUUUUAAAAACUAUAUCCUGUAGGUCAAUAAGAUAGCAACUGUACAAAAUGGCUAAAAUAGAUUUUAGGAUCAUACAGUGUGUACUUUGGUUCAUCUUCAAAAUCAGACUGAUCUUUGAAACUAGCGGUUUUUAAUCAAAGCUGGCUUUAUAGGAGGAGUAUAAUGUAUGCACUAUUGUUUUAAAACAAUGAGUGUGAGUGUGUGUGGGUGUGUGUGAGAGAGAGAGAGAGAUUGAGUCCCUUCAUUGUAAGUCUAAGCUCCUUAGAAAUAAUGUACCCACGUAGACUCACAAGACAGUAUGUACAUGUUAUCUCAGUUGUAAAUAGGAAAAUCUAAUUCAAUAAACUCCGUAUCACCCCUCAA